UCAUAUAUAAAUUAGCUCCAUCGUCUUCUCACAAAAGCUCCGGCGCCACCAUUAAAAACCAAGUCUCUCUAUCUCUCUCAGCGAAAUCGCACGGGUUUAGAAAUGGCGACAGUUCCAGGACAAUUGAUCUGGGAGAUCGUGAAGAAGAACAACUGUUUCUUGGUGAAACAGUUCGGUAGAGGAAACUCCAAGGUUCAAUUCAGCAAGGAGACUAACAAUCUCGCCAACGUUCACUCCUACAAGCACUCUGGUCUUGCAAACAAAAAGACUGUGACCAUCCAGGCCGCUGGCAAGGAACAAGCUGUUGUGCUCGCCACCACCAAGACCAAGAAGCAGAACAAGCCUAAGGUCUCUGUCAACAAGUCUAUCCUGAAGAAGGAAUUCCCCAGGAUGUCCAAGGCUGUUGCUAACCAGGUGGUGGACAACUACUACAGGCCAGACUUGAAGAAAGCAGCUCUUGCUAGACUCAGUGUCAUCAGCAAAGGCCUUAGGGUUGCCAAGUCCGGUGCCAAGCAAAGAAACAGACAAGCUUAAGCUUAAGUUUUGUUUUUCAAAAUUUGUUUUUUUUUGAAGUAAGAGAUUUUUGCUGAACAGGUUUUAUCUAAGUUUUAUUUGUUGAAGUUGAACCAUAACGCUAUGCACCUCCUUUUCAUUAUCCCUUUCGAAAAGGAGUUAGAUGUUUUCCGUAUUAUUAUGCUCAUGUUUCUUGUGUUUCGUUUUGUUAGAUCUUUAUCUUCAAUCAAGAAUUUGCUUUAGCCCUCAA